UGGAGCGUUACCCCAUUGCUCUUUCUUUCUCUUUCUCUCUCGAUGCACACGCGACGACACACUUUGCUUUACGAUUCCGCUUCCCCGCAUUUGAUUGCUUGCCCCACGUAGUCGUCAUUUUGUUACUCUUCUGCUCAUAAUCAUUUCUCAUCUUCCGCUCCAAGACUAGGAAUCGGCGACAGUUUCGUGGUUUGAUUGGUCUAUUUCGACUAGGGUUUCAUCAAUCGAGAAGGAAAGAGAUUCCGGAUCUCGCUUCAGCAAUGACGACGAACACCGUACGGGUGACCAAUGUCUCAGUGAAAGCUACUGCACACGAUAUUCAUGACUUUUUCUCAUUUUCUGGAGAGAUUGAGAAUAUUGAGCUUCACAGGGAUGGUGACACCCAGAUUGCCCUUGUGACGUUCAAGGAGGCUCAAGCUCUAGACACUGCUCUUCUUCUUUCGGGAGCCACUGUUGUCGACAGAGCAGUCAAUAUUACACCGCUGGAAGAUGAAUUAUCUCCAAGCAUCAACUCCAUUCCAAGAGAUAAAGCAUUUGGAAAUGAUGGGGGCUUUGCUGGACCAAGCUCACAUACUCCAAACCAAGCGGUUGAUGUUAUUUCUACCAUGCUGGCGAAAGGCUUUAUUCUUGGGAAAGAUGCCGUCUCUAAAGCUAAGGAGUUUGAUGCGAAGCACGAUCUUUCAGCGAGUGCCAAGUCUUCGGUGGUAAACUUUGACAAGAAUAUUGGGAUUAGUGAGAAGUUGAGCACAGGGACUGCUGUUGUAAAUAAACAGAUGAAGGCUGUUGAUGAGAAGUAUCAAGUUUCACAGAAGACCCGGGCUGCCCUGGCUGUUGCUGAAGAGAACGUUAAAACUGCAGGGUCUGCUCUCAUGAAGAACCGAUACAUAUUAACAGGUGCAAGUUGGGUUACAGGAGCGUUUUCAAGAGUCCAGAAGGUUGCUGCAGAGGUAAGUCAGAAGACCAUCGAGAAGGCCCACACUAUGGAAACUGAUCAUAACAGCGGCCGCGUGGAAGAAGUUCGUGGAGCGCCAUCUCUUUAUCCGGGUUCAGAUCGAGCUACUCUUGCCCCACUCUCAGCCACAGAUUACUCUGGUUCCCAAUAUCCCAAUCUUAGCUACGACAAUUAUGCUCCUCUGCAUUCAACAGAACGUUCAACAAAGGUCCCCCCUGCUCAAGGCCUUACUCUGUGAACUCUCUUUUAAUUGAUGGUGUUUUUGGAAGUAGUGGAUUACGCGACUAGGAGAAUAAGGUUUCAAUCAUGGUGGUUGAAAAGCUUUGAGAGCUUAUGUUCAUUCUUUGUUAGACGUGACAUAGAUCAGGUGUUCUUGUACUAUACUGUGCAUAGUAUAUUUUUGAGGGAAAAAGAAUGGUUACAUGGAAAUCGUUUUUUUUACCUAUAUGGUCCUAAAUUGGCUUCUUUUGACAGCCAUUCUGAACAGGUUUGAAAAUCCGGGAUGGAUGCGUGUCAUGAAAGUUGGAGAGACGACCCUAUUUGUCAAAGUUAGCCAUCUGUGUAAAUUAUAGAAGUCAGCAAAUGAGAUUGAUUUUUUUGGUU